AUGGGUUGUCGUUUAGCCAAGCUGAAGAAAGCGGAGGAGAGGAGCAGCCCUGGAAACAUCUACUCCACUCUGCGGCGCCCCCAGGUGGAGACCAAAGUGGGUGUGGCGUACACCUACCACUUCCUGGACUUCCUGCUGGGCAAAGAAGUGUGUUCCUGCCUCUCCCCGUGUGUGGGCAGCUCCCCGGCCCUCACGCUCUGCCCCCUCUUCCGGCACCUUCCACAGAACGCUGAGGUCAGCAACCCGUCGCCCUAUCAUCCCGACACGCAAAAGCAGGUGCAGGGAGCUUUAGCAGAGUCCUCUUCCCAAUGCAACAGUGUAGCAGACAGCCGGCCCGGCAAAACGCCAAGUGACAAGGCCGCGUUCGCCAGGCGCUUCAUGUUUAAGCCAGACUUGUUAUGUUUGGCAAUUGCGCUGAGGCUGCCGACUUGGCCAGGGAGUGGGAAAUCUGGCAAAAUGGAACGUUGA